AUGAUUGGUUCUGUCGGCGUCGCGCUCCUCCCGCAGAUCGUCCAGCGCCUAGGCUACUCCCCCGUCAAAACAAACCUGUACACCGUCGCCCCAAACGUCACCGGCGCCGUCAUGCUCCUCCUGUUGGCCUUCUGCUCCGACGCCGCACGCCUCCGCUCCCCAUUCAUCGUCCUCGGGUUUUUGUUAACAUUCACUGGCUUCAUCAUCUACGCCUCCAUCAACGACGUCCAGGCGCAGAUCCGCUUUGCCUACUUUGCCACCUUCAUGAUGACCUGGGGCACGUCCGCGCCCUCCGUCCUGCUGAGCACCUGGGGUGCCGUUGGCGAAUCUCAUGGGUCUGGUGAGUAG